AUGUAAAUCGAUCACAAUUUUUUUUUCUGAUUAAAAAUAAAUCUUUAAAUUUAUUUUAUAAGGAAAUUAUUUUAUUAGUUUAACAUUAUUUUAGUAAAUUAUUAGUUAAUUUCAGCUGAAUUUUUUGGCAAAUAAUGGUUUUUAAGUUUCCGGAAAAUUUAAAUUUUUCAAAAUAUUUUGUCAGAAUAUUUCACACUGUUCUUGUCGUCUUGGCCGUUCUGCCUUCCUUCGUUCAUAAAUCUCAACUUCUAGAAAACGUACGCUUGGAGUACAUUACCACCUUCCUAUACCCCCUAUCAUACAUAGGCCUCAUUCUCUUAAGCCUGGCAUUCUACUAUGUGGCUUGUUUUGUUGAUCCAGGUUUCAUUCCUGUCAAUCCAUCUGCACUGUCAUCAUCGGAUGAGGAAAAUGCUGAUAACUAUGACGAAGAUGAAUUGAAUAAUAAUAAUAACAAUAAUAAUAAUAGCAAUAGUAAUAAUAAUAAUAGUAAUGAUGAAUGUGAUGAUGAUAAGAAUUACACAGAUAGGAGUAGUAUGACUGGAAAGAUUAGAGUUAAGUUGAGGUGUUGUGGAUUCUGUGGAAUUAAGCAACCAUUGAGGGCCAAACAUUGUGAGGAGUGUCAGAGGUGCGUAUACAGGUUCGACCACCACUGCCCCUGGCUGGCGACGUGUGUGGGGGAGAGGAAUCAUAGGUUCUUCCUCUUGUUUUUGUUGACCACUUUUGCUUCUCUCGUCUGGACAGCGUAUAUUUUAGUUCGCUCCUUCGACAUUCAAGCUACUUUUACGGAUACCUUCAUCCACAAUGCCCUAUGGAUUUUGUGUGGGUUCAUCCUGUGUACUGGAGGGAUAUCCGUGGUCAUUCUCGUCUUCAUGCACCUCUACCUGGCCUGCCGGAACAUCACAACCUGGGAAUGUCUGGCCCACCAUCGCAUAUCCUACCUUAAAACUGUCGACAUAGACGUCAAUCCUUUCCACAUGGGAUACAUCCGGAACAUCUUCAUCUUCCUUUGCUCUUGUGGCCUCCAAAACUGGGAGAAAGUCUACAGGAAUUUCCUGACUAGACAGAAGAAGCAAAUGUCUCAAUGCUGAUUGGUCGGAUUUAAAAUGUUUCAAUCCUAGUUGGUCGGAUUUAAAAUGUUUAAAUGCUGAUUGGUCGGAUUUUGUAGAGUGUGAUUAUUGAUUAGUUCAGUAUGUUUGGUUGGGUUUGGAAUAUUAAUUUAUUUUGAUUGGUUGAUGUAAAAUGAUUUUCUACGGAGAUGAUUGGUCAAGUCAGAUUAUGCCUGAUAAUUAGUUUAUUCUGAUUGGUGAGAUAUUUUUGUUGUUUUUGUAUUAAAAUCAAACAGUCAAAUACAAUUGGUUGUUUUAAUAUAUUUAUAAUUAUUUAAGUAAAUCCGACUGGUCGAUUAUUUUCAUGAAUAUUAAUUAAUGUUUUUAUUGUUUGGUGUUCUUAUAUUGCUAGGAUGAACUGGCUGUUAUUUUAAAAUGUUUCUUUUUUUUAUAUUAAUUCGCUAUUUCUUUCUCUCUCUCUC